AUGAAAACCGAUUUUAAGUUCUCAAAUCUCCUUGGUACCGUCUAUAGAAAAGGCAACCUACUCUUCACUCCAGAUGGUGAUUCUCUAUUGUCUCCUGUCGGAAAUCGCGUUUCGGUCUUUAAUUUGACUCGGAAUUCGAGCUAUACGUUGCCUUUCGCCCAUCGCAAGAACAUAAACUGCAUCGAUCUAAAUCCACAGGGAAAUCUCCUCCUCUCCAUUGAUGAGGAUGGUCGUGCCAUCCUUACAAUAGUCCCUAGAAGAAUCUCUGUCUAUCACUUCUCCUUCAAGUCGCCCGUUACCGCUCUCGCAUUUUCCCCAUCUGGGCAGCAUUUUGUCAUCGGACUUGGUCGGAAGAUCCAGGCAUGGCGUACACCAUCUACACCAGACACAAAUGGCAACUCAGAGCUGGAAUUUGCACCGUUUGUGCUACACAGGGAAUAUGGUGGUCAUUUUGAUGAUGUACAAAAUCUGUCAUGGGCCGGUGAUUCGCGAUUCUUUGUGAGUGCUUCGAAGGACAUGACUGCUAGGAUCUGGAGCUUGGAUCCGGAAGAAGGUUUCGAACCCACCGUCUUGUCUGGCCAUCGUGAAGGUGUGAAGAAUGCAUGGUUCUCCUCUGACCAAGAGUCAGUGUACACUGUCAGCCAGGAUGGUGCAUUGUUUAAAUGGGAAUAUGUAACAAGCUUACGGCAGAAUGGUGUGGAUAACGAAAUGCCGGAUUUGCACGAGGAACGAUGGAGAAUAAUCCAAAGAGAAUAUUUCUUGCAGAACAACGCAAGGUUGAAAAGUGCUUCAUUCCAUGCUUCAAGCAAUCUCCUUACAGUUGGCUUCUCGACUGGCUUGUUCUCCCUGUACGAAUUGCCUUCCUUCACAAACAUCCACACACUCUCGUUAGCCUCUUCUCCGAUAUCAUGUAUCGCAACAUCACCAGAUGGUGCUUGGCUGGCCUUUGGGUCUUCGAAGACAGGCCAGUUACUGGUCUGGGAGCAUGCCUCCGAAUCUCACAUCCUGAAACAAUCUUCUCAUCUUGAUACCAUGACCACCGUUGCUUACUCGUCUGACUCUACCCGAAUCAUAACCGGCUCUGAUGACGGUCUUAUCAAGAUUUGGGACGUUCGCUCUGGAUUCCAUAUUGCCACAUUUACGGAGCAUUCCUCCGCUAUAACGUCUUCCCAAUAUUCGAAACGAGGUAGUAUCCUCUUCACAUCGUCGCUCGAUGGCUCUAUCAGAGCUUGGGAUAUGCUUCGCUACCGCAACUUUCGAACAUUCACAGCACCAACUCGCCUCUCUUUUACCGAUCUCGCAAUUGAUCCCUCCGCCGAAAUCGUCUGCGCGGCUUCACAUGACAGCUUUGACAUCCAUCUUUGGAACGUACAAACUGGUCAACUGCUCGACCGUCUCUCUGGCCACGAAGGUCCCAUUGCAACCCUGGCUUUUACUCCUGACGGCAGUAUUUUGGCAUCGGGAUCGUGGGACCGCACUAUUCGCCUCUGGUCCAUCUUCUCUCGGACACAAACCUCGGAACCAUUGCAACUAACCUCUGACCUGCUAUGCCUCGCCAUCCGUCCGGACUCGUCACAGCUUGCCGCGGCCACUCUGGAUGGUCAACUCACAUUCUGGACCCUUUCCACCUCAGCACAGUCCUCUGUACUCGACGCUCGUCGAGACAUCUCAGGCGGCCGUUUGCUCACGUCUCGCCGCACAGCUGCCAAUUCUCCAGAAACAAAGCAAUUCACCACCAUAACAUAUUCUGCGGACGGCUCCUGCCUCCUCGCGGCAGGAAAUUCCAAGUACAUAUGCCUCUAUGCCGUCAGCACAUUGACACUGAUCAAGAAGUUCACUGCUUCCGUCAAUCUGUCUCUAGAUGGGACUCAGGAGUUUCUUAAUUCGUCUGCCAUCCUGUCGAAUGGCAUGCCAAGGGACAUGAUCGAUACGGACGGCGAAGCCUCCGACCUUGAGGAUAGAAUAGACCGUUCGCUGCCCGGAGUACGACGGACUGGCAAUCGUGAUGCGGCGAGCAGGCAAGCUAAAAGACCGAAAGUCCGUGUCACGAGCCUGGAGUUCAGUCCCACUGGACGAGGCUUCUGCGCUGCUUCGUCCGAGGGGCUGCUGAUAUAUAGCCUUGACACGCAGUUAGCAGAUUUCGACCCUUUCGAGCUUGACAUUGAUGUCACGCCACAGAAUACGAGGACUGUUCUUGCCGGGAAGGAAUAUCUCAAAGCAUUGGUCAUGGCGUUUCGUCUUUCGGAUGACAAAGCGCUGAUCAAGGAAUGCUACGAAGCAAUUCCUUAUCAAACCAUGCCAUUACUCGUGCGGGAUCUACCUCGGGUGUAUGUGGGAAGGAUGUUGCGGCUGUUGGGAGAGCAGAUGGAUGAGAGUCCGCAUCUGGAAUUCCAUCUACGAUGGUUGAAGGAGGUAUUGUGCGUGCACGGGAGGUGGAUCAAGGAGAAUCAGAACGCAUUCGGAGCUGAUUUACGGAGUGUCUUGAGAGGAGUGGAUGGAGUAGGAAGGAUGGUGCGAAGACUGGCGGAGAGAAACAGCUGGGAGAUCGAGUUCUUGGUAGGGCAGAAGGAGAUGGGUCAGUGGGAGGCGUCUUCAACGAACAAAGCCAUGGCAAUAGUCAACAGUCAUGGUGCAAAUGGAAAUGGCGAUGCUAGAAUCGAUGGAGCAAACGGGACUGCUCGUUCGGAGAUGGAUGAUGGUGAAAGCGAAGACGAGUGGAUAGGUCUAAAGUGA